AUGAAUGCACCAAACCAGACCAUGGAGACCUAUUUCAUUAUCAGAGGUAUCUCGAGUGUUCCUGAACUUCAGCUUCCCAUCUUUCUACUGGUUCUUCUUAUUUACAUCAUCAUUCUUGGAGGUAACAUGACCAUUCUCACACUAUUCUGUUUGGACCGUCAACUCCACACUCCCAUGUACUUCUUUCUGGCCAACUUGUCUUUGGUGGACAUGUCUUGUUCGACAGUCUCUCUUCACAAGAUCCUUGCCAACUUCCUAUCAGGAGAUAAGUCGGUUUCUCACCUGGCUUGUAUGGUACAGAUGUACUUUUUCGCAGCUCUAAUGUUUGAUGAAUUUGCAAUACUAGCGGUGAUGAGUUUUGACCGAUAUGUGGCCAUCUGUAAUCCGUUACUAUACCAUACAAUCAUGACCCAGAAGGUCUGUGUAGGGUUAGCUUUGGUUUCCUGGAUUUCUGGUUUCGUCAAUCUCCUUCCACCUAUCAUUAUGGUUUCAGGCUUUUCUUGUUACAGGUCUCAUGAGAUCAAUCACUUCUUCUGUGACAUUGUUCCUCUCAUGGAAAUAACUUGUGAUGACAUCGCCAUUUUAGAGAUAGUAAUUUUUACAGUAGGAGUUACUACUUUUGUUCUCUUGCCUUUUCUUGUGACAUUCACGCCUUACAUUUUUAUUAUCAUCACCAUACUUAAGAUCCGCACUAGCUUUGGAAGACGUAAAGCCUUCUACACCUGUUCUUCUCACCUCACCGUCGUCAUCCUUCUCUUUUUGAUCAUCUGCUUUCAGUACAUCACACCACAAUCGAAAAGAUCGACUGAAUCCAGUAAAAUGUUUUCCAUGUUUAAUACUGUCUUUAUCCCCAUAGUAAACCCACUGAUCUACAGCUUCAAAAAUAAAGAGAUGACAUUAGCUAUAAAGCGGAGGCUCAAAUUGUGUAAAUUAACACCUUGA